CAUUUACAAAAAUUGAUAAUCGAAGUGUGUGUAUUUAUCUCGCAAUUUAUUAUCCAUAUUAUUGUAUUUAUUAAAAUAACAAUUCAAAACUACAGCUGUGGAUUGUAGGAAAACAAGGACUUACAAUUUUCAUUUUAACAUAUUUGCCGCAUAAUUUUGAAAAAUGAUGGUUUUAAAAUAUUAAAAAUAUUGUAUUGUUGGAAUUAAUCAACAAUUGUAAUUAAUAACAAUGGAAUGUAUAUCGUCAGCAACCCAAUCCUGUGGUGGGGGCAUUACAGGACAAUUAAUGAGUCAACUAAUAGGAGCUUUAUUAGCAUCACAGUGUGCUCUUAGUCCGACAUAUCCACCAGAUAUUUCUACAGAUCAUUUACCAACAUAUGAUUUUGUCGUGGUUGGUGCUGGUUCAGCUGGGGCUCCAUUAGCAGCCCAUUUAUCCAACAAUCCAGAUUGGAACAUAUUGUUAAUUGAUGCUGGGAGUGAUCCUCCACAGCAAGCUGAUAUGCCUGGGUUAAUAUUUCAUAGUUAUGACACCGAUUUUGAUUGGCGUUAUAAAACUGAGCCUCAAGCAAAUGCAUGUCAAAGUAAAAAUGACCAUCGGUGUAAAUGGCCUCGAGGAAAAGCUUUAGGAGGCACUAGUGUACUUAACGCUAUGAUAUAUCAAACUGGUAACGAAGCAGAUUACACCGAAUGGGAAAAACAAACAAAAGAUUCACGUUGGGGUUGGACAAAUGUAAAAAAAUACUUGGAUCAAUAUUCCAAAGAUAGUGAUGCAGACGUAUUUGAUACAAGCUAUGCAAAAUUGCAUCAAUUACAACAAUUACCCAUAAUGGCUGCCCAAGAAUUGGGUUUAGCUGAAAUCACUGAUUCGGAGCAAAUAUUAAACGGAACAAUUGGGUAUUUUCGUACGCGAGGUACAAUCAAAGAUGGUGUUAGAGAAACUACAGCAAAAACCUAUCUAAGCACUUUAAAAGCUCGGAAAAAUUUACAUAUUUUAAAAAACGCUUACGUUGGAAAGGUUAAUAUAAAAAAUCAGGAAGCAGAAAGUUUGGAUGUUUGGUUAAAUGAUAAAUGGAUCCAAAUUAAAGCGAAAAAAGAGAUUAUUUUAAGUGCAGGAGCAAUUAAUACGCCACAAAUACUCAUGUUAUCAGGAAUUGGACCAAAAGAUCAUUUAGAAUCGUUGAAUAUAAAAGUUGUAGCGGAUUUACCGGUUGGAAAAAAUUUACAAGAUCAUCCAAUUGUGGAUGUUUUCGCUGCAUUAAAAGAAUUACCAAUUGCUCCACUAACUACGAAAGAAAUGUUAGAUUUUCUUUAUCAAUAUUUUAUGCAUAAAACGGGACCGUUUGCCACAAUCGGUUUAACGGGAGUUCUUGGAUUUAUCAACUCGAAAAAUCCUCAAGCGAUAUAUCCAAAUUUACAAAUACAUCAUUGUGCAUUUAGCAUAAAUGAUAGCAUUGUUGGACCAUAUUUCCUAAAUUUAGCCAAUUACAACGAAGCAUAUGCGAAUGUUUUUAGACGAUUUAAUUCAAAAUAUCCCCUCAUGAUCCAAUUCCCAACUUUAUUAAAACCAAAAGCUCGUGGAUUUAUACAAUUAAAAAGUAUUGAUCCAUUUGAGGCACCAAUCAUUGAUCCAAAUAUUUUCGGACAUGAAGAAGAUGUUAACACUAUUCUAGAAGGUAUCGAUCAUUGUAUUCGAAUUAUUAAAUCGAAAACAUUCCAAGCAUACGCAGGAGCGGAAGUAAUUAAGAUGAAUGAGGAUGAAUGUGCUAAAUUUGAUGUUGAAUCCCAUGAUUACUGGCGAUGUAAUAUUAAACAUUCCGCGGCUACAAUUUAUCAUCCCGUGGGAACUGCACGAAUGGGUAUUGAUCCAGAAUUGAGUGUAGUGAAUUCAAAGUUACAGGUACAUGGUAUUAAAAAUUUACGGGUUGUGGAUGCGAGUGUUAUGCCAGAAAUACCAAGUGGUAAUACAAACGUUCCCACCAUUAUGAUUGGCUUACAAGCGGCUGAUAUCAUUAAGGAAAGUUAUGAGACUUCUAAAACUCAUAAUGAAUUGUGAUAAAAGUUUUUAUAAAUAGUGAUUUAGACUGAGUAAAUUUUAUUACUUUUUCAUGCAACGAAAUCACCCAAUUUCACCCAACGACAAAAAAAUUCGAUGCAUGAAAAGGCAUUUUUAAUUGUAGAUAAAUAUUUUGUAUUAUUUUUUGUUAAAAUAAAGUGAAAUUUGGAUUAAUUCCAAAAUUUCUUGGUUACUAUUUGAUUUGACUGUUUUGGGAAAUAAAGUUAAAAAGUUAUUUUUUUAUAUUUUA